AUGGGAAGAAGUCCUUGUUUUUCAAAGGAAGGCUUGAACAGAGGGGUUUGGACUGCUCUUGAAGACAAAAUCCUCAUUGAUUACAUUAAGCUUCAUGGUGAAGGAAAAUGGAUAAACCUUCCCAAAAGAGCAGGUUUGAAAAGAUGCGAAAAAAGUUGUCGAAUUAGAUGGUUGAAUUAUCUUAGACCGGAUAUCAAAAGAGGUAAUAUAUCUUCCGACGAAGAAGAACUUAUUAUUAGACUUCACAAAUUACUCGGAAACAGAUGGUCUCUUAUAGCGGGACGAUUACCGGGACGAACAGACAAUGAAAUUAAGAAUUAUUGGAACACGAAUUUAGGAAGAAAAAAAAGAAAGAUUUGA